AUGUACACACUGCGUGUCAAUUGUGUCGAAAUACUGCUGUGGACAUUUGUACAAAAAAGCAUUAGUACAUAUGGUUAUAAUCGGUUCUGUAGUAAUAAUUAAUGUUUUCGGACGAGUACAUAUGUAUCAAUUAAUUCGUACUGCUAACCACAAUGAAUAAUAUCGGUAGAUUAUCACACAACACGCGCAAGGGUACCGUAUUGUUUGAUGUGGAAGCAAAGUGAGUGCCCAAAUAAAUUAAAUGCUACAAAGCGGAGUAAAAGUCUAGAAAAGUGCACAUUUGAAAGCAAAGAGCAGAAUUCAAUAAAAAAUGUGCUAAGCUUUAGCAUUCUGAGCGCUCUUUGUGGGCGGCCAGUCAACAGGAAAACAGACAAGGGUUAUCUGGAAGCUGUCCCUGGAACGAGAUAUAAACGGGACUUCGAUGACGUUGCCAGCAUAGACCCAAACCAUACGCAACAGGGCGCCAAUGGACAAAUAAAAUACGUGCCAAAAAGGCAACAGGGCCCACUUCUAUUGGACGGUCCAUUUGGCAGACGGACGAAUAUUUCAAUAUCAUCCAACUAUUAUCCACUAGUCCACCAGCACAAUCCAGAAUCCGAAUUUGCCACAGUUCGGCGAGGCACACCAACACUUAGCGAAUUUGUUGUCGAUCACGAUUAUAGAAAUUUAAGCAUUUACCUUGGCAAAGCGAAGGUGGGGCAUUUGCAAAAUGCCAGAUACCAAAAAUUAAGCAAGCGCCACCAAAGCGAUGAUCGAGAAUUUAGGUUCAGCCAGCGUUCAACUGUGAAGAGAGGCGCGAUAUCGCUGGACAAUCAAAUUCGAGCAGGUUCCAUAAAGCAGUACAUUUUGGGGGCAGAGACCCGAAAUUACUGUGCUUCGCCGUCGGCAAAUAAUUUAUUUUCUCUAAUCGAUGAUGUGGCCAGGCAUGAGUCUUUAGAAAUCGGUGCCGCCGACAAGCUGCCAGGUAAUGGAAGUUCGAAUCGUAGCCCAUUUUCGACAAAUGCAACCAAUUUAAUAAACAUUGCGGAUGAUGAGAAGAGUGCAUCAGAAGAUCAUGAAUCUGGCGAAUCCUGUGAAGAACUAGAUAUAAACAACAGCUGCAUUCGUUCAGGGUUAAUACCGAAAAAAGAUCGUGCCCAGCUAAAGCGUCAAGCCGAGAUUCAGAGUAGACUAUCAUCCCAUGAUUCGAAUAGCGACCGAUAUGGCACUGCAUUAGAGGAUCUAGCUGCCAGCACCUCCAGCAUAGUCAGCGAGUCGGAGAAAGUCCAAGAAGAAAAUCUCACGCAAAGCAUAACAAGUUUAAAUUCGUUGUCGGCGAGCGCAGUUCGAUUAGUAAUGUCAUUGUCAUAUCGAUCGCAACCGUUAAACAAUUUUACCAAAUCGGAAAAGAACCUCGGCCUGCAAUCAACUACAGCUCCACGCGAAUCCUCUCAAGAAAAUCAAGCCAGACAAUAUGUGCGCAAUGAUGAAAUAGGCUCUGCCAGAACUAAAGAGCAAGCAAGCAAGCAAUUUACGGCCGCAAUUUUAGAGCCCGGCAACAAUAAUCAAAGCCUGUCCGGCUACAAUAACAACACCAACAACAGGACGUUUAACCAUUUGGACAACAACAAUAGCCAGCUAAAUAGCUAUAUUUUCAACGAAAUGGUCGGCACACAGAACACAAAUAAUGUUCAGUUGUCCACGGCGAACGCCAUUCUGGAUGCCAGCACGUUCACCGGGGAUAUGCUGCCAUCGGCCUCCAUCGAGAUGCAGUUGGGAAAAACAACAACUUCACCCGCGAUGCUGACUCUGACUAUGCCCCAAAAUCCAAGUGGAAGUGCAAAUCAAAUGAAUCCAAAUAGUUUAUCAUCGCAUCGCUCCUGUACAGAGGUUCCAUUUUAUAGCAGCAGUUACGGAUCGUUGGCUAUUUUUCAGGAUCGUAAAUUACCCUUAAAACCGCCAACGCAUGAGAUUUCGAAUUUUAUUUCAGAUCAUCCCAGGGUACAUGUUUCAGCCAUAGAUGGAUGUGGAGUCUCAAAAUCGAUUCAAGCAAGCUCUCUACCGAACGUUACAAUUGUCACGCCGAAAUCGGAAGCAUCGCCAACUUCACCGCAAAAGGAUUUGUCUCUAAAUGCCGCGGCAGUUGACUCACUCGCUUUGGUAUCGCAGCAUCAGAAAUCCGUAAUAGCUGGCGGCGAGCAUUUCUCGUUUCAUGAACAAAUCAUUAUGUCUGGCCAACAAAAGAGUGCACUGCAGGAUAAACCAAAGGCACUUGUGGUUUCGCCGCAGCAAGUUAUGAUACUUUACAUGCAUAAAUUGACGCCAUACGAGCGUACGGAAAUAUUGGCCUAUCCGCAGAUUUACUUUAUUGGCGCCAAUGCUAAGAAACGCCCGGGAAUUUAUGGACCCAACAAUUCCGAUUACGACAAUGAGCAGGGCGCCUAUAUUCAUAUACCCCAUGAUCACGUUGCCUACCGGUAUGAAAUGCUUAAAAUAAUCGGCAAAGGGAGCUUUGGACAGGUUAUCAAGGCCUAUGAUCACAAGACGCACGAACAUGUUGCACUGAAAAUUGUGCGAAACGAGAAACGCUUCCAUCGGCAGGCACAAGAGGAAAUUCGUAUACUGCAUCACUUGCGACGCCACGACAAGUACAACACCAUGAACAUCAUUCAUAUGUAUGAUUAUUUUGCCUUUCGGAAUCACACCUGCAUCACUUUCGAACUCCUCAGCAUCAAUCUAUAUGAGUUAAUAAAGAAAAACGGCUUCAAGGGUUUCAGCCUACAGCUGGUACGUAAAUUUGCUCAUUCCUUGCUCCAAUGCUUGGAUGCACUUUACAAGAAUGAGAUAAUUCAUUGUGAUAUGAAGCCGGAGAAUGUGUUACUCAAACAGCAAGGUCGCUCUGGUAUCAAGGUCAUUGACUUUGGAUCGUCAUGCUUUGAAAGUCAACGUGUUUACACAUAUAUACAAUCAAGGUUUUACCGCGCACCCGAAGUUAUUUUGGGCGCAAAAUAUGGAAGAGCUAUUGACAUGUGGUCGCUCGGAUGCAUUCUUGCUGAGCUGCUGUCGGGGCAUGCUCUAUUUCCCGGAGAAAACGAAAGCGACCAGUUAGCCUGCAUUAUCGAAGUUCUUGGAAUGCCAAGCAAAACUUUAUUGGCGAGCUCGAAGCGAGCGAAAACUUUCUUCAGUCCAAAGGGUUAUCCACGCUAUUGUACUGUCCGCACCAUGCCUGAUGGGAUGGUGGUACUAAUCGGAGGUCAGUCACGGCGAGGCAAGCCACGUGGACCACCAUGCUCCAAGAGUCUUUCAAAGGCAUUAGAUGGCUGUAAGGAUCCGCUCUUUCUUAACUUUAUUCGCGGAUGUCUGGAAUGGGAUACGGAAAAAAGACUAACGCCCUCGGAAGCCCUGAAGCACCCUUGGCUGCGACGUCGCCUUCCCAGACCUCCAAGCAGCACAAGCGGAGGCGGCGGUGAUGGUUCAAGCAGCGCUGGUGGAGGCAGUAUUGGAGGCGGGGGAAGCAUUAGCGGUGACCAAUCGCCAGUGACAGGCAUGAAACCGAGUUGUGGUAAUGAAGCUGCCACAGGCUCGGCAGCCUCGGAAAGAGAUAACAGCCACUGCAGUGGCCGCGUUAAUUAUGUUGGAUUUGGCGGUGCCGAUUACAAGCAUGGCCCCAAUCUGUCUGGGGCGACGGUAUCGCCAGCUAGCAAUUCCGCGUUGCCUGUUGAUCUUUUAGCGGACAUCAUCAGCAAAACGAGCGUUAAAUGUUCAACACUAGAAAGUGUACCGACAGCGGCUUUGGAGAGCAGCGCUCCUGCUGGCAUUAAAAGCAAUUCUCUCGGCCUUUCUAGAUAUCCAUCGGCAUUAUCGAGUUUGCCCCAGACGACUGUCAACGGAUCUGAGUGCUUACCGGCUAUGUCCACAAUCAACUCCUUAAAGGGGCUACAAGCCACAAAAUCACAAACGCAUCUAUCCGAAUCAAUCAUAACUUCCAACUCGGCCGACUCGGGACUUACGACAAUUAAUUUGGGUGGCUCGCAGGCCUUGUUGGAGAUGGAUUGCUAUAAAGCAUAUUCAGUUGACAGGCCAAUCAAUAGGGCUUCAAAUGCCAACUUACUCCCGCACGCACAAAAGAUAAAAGCACCAUCAAAGGAUAUUUAGCAGAAUAUGGAACAAUUAAUUGCCAUGCAUCUAAGGGCUUAGGGCGGUGUUUGUUUGUUGUUAGUCUAUAUAUCUAUAUUGACAACACACUGCCAUACAAGUGAUAGACUUAACACAACUCCUACUUGGUUUUCAAUUAAAGAACCUAAAUAGCUAUAUUCCCGCACAUUAUCUUCCUUGCAAGCAUGUUCACACACUCACAUGCACUCACAUGGAGGCAAAGAUCUCAACAAGGCUAAAUGAAAAGCAAAAAUAGUGGCAUUACAAAUUAAACUACUACUAAUCGAACGCUUGCAUUUAAUUAUUAACUUAUUAGGCAUUGCGAGACUUUUUAUGGUUGGUAUAUAAGCAUAUAUAUCCCUACAUAAAAUAUACACAACUACAUAUAUACAUGGUACCAUCCUGUAG